GCAAAUCUCCCUUUCUCCUCUGCGCCUUCCCGGUACUCGGUUUCUGUGCUCGCACGUUUCAGGCUUUCAGCCAGUUCGAACAGUUGCCAUUUUCCUCGUGUUUUCCUGUCUCGGCUCGUCCCCAACUUUUCCGCCGGCGUCCGAGGGUCCGAGCCAGAUCUGCGGCGAGCAGGGGCAGGGGACGAGCGACGAUGGUGGACGUGAACUGGGAGCUGCAGGGCUGCUGCCGCCACAACCAGGUGGUCUUCAUCGCCGCCAUAGGCGUCUCCACCGUCGUCAUCCUCGCCCUGUGGAGGACUUUCCUGCUCACGCCCUUCAAGCUCAUCACCGUCUUCCUCCACGAGACCAGCCAUGCCCUCGCCUGCAAGCUUACCUGCGGAGAUGUUGAGGGCAUGCAGGUCCAUGCUAAUGAGGGUGGAGUUACGCAAACUCGUGGUGGCAUAUAUUGGAUAAUCUUACCUGCUGGAUAUCUGGGUUCAUCAUUUUGGGGAAUGGUAUUCAUACUUUCAUCCACGCAUCUUCUCGCCACAAGAAUUGCAGCAGGGUGCUUCAUACUGGCAUUAAUUAUCGUUCUCUUUGUUGCUAAAAAUUGGUUUCUACGCUGGCUAUGCAUAGGUUUCAUUGUAUUCAUUGGUGUUGUUUGGGUUAUACAAGAAUUUACAACUUUCCGUGUUCUGAAGUAUGUGAUUUUAUUCAUAGGUGUCAUGAAUAGCUUAUUCUCGGUUUACGAUAUUUAUGAUGACACUAUAUCCCGAAGAGUUAAUUCAAGUGAUGCUGAGAAAUUUGCUGAAAUCUGUCCUUGCCCUUGCAAUGGUGUUGGAUGGGGCGUCAUAUGGGGCUUCAUCUCAUUUAUCUUUCUCUGUGCGUCGAUAUAUCUUGGACUGGUUAUAUUGUCUUGAGGCGGGGCUUCUUUGGUACCAUUGCUCCAGACAUUGGUUCCAGCUUGUAUUGAUCUCGGGGGUUGUACAAAGUUCAUACAGAGGGGAAUCAGUUUAUGCGAUAUGGUUGAUUGGAUAGGGGCCUAUUCAUGCGAUUUUUCAAUUUAUUGCUCAUGUAGAUGGCAUUUUGUUAUUACCUGUAUUUACAGCCGAUAGCUUAUGCUCUAGGUACUGCUCCUUUUUCUUGAAUCAUUAUUUAUUGACCGAUUGAAACCAUUGAAGAAUGCAGUCCUAUAGACAUUGUACUUGGUAGCAUUUCGUUUCGCAGUUUUGUCAAAAAUGAUUGAUGUGCCGAUGGGUACCGAACUACCGAUUGUUGUUGCCUU